AUGUUAGAGACAGAGCAUCAACAUCACCAACAACUUCAACAACAACAACAUCAUAGUAGCGGUAUUAAAGAGUGUGGAGAUGAUAGUGAGAGAAUAAAGAUGAUCAAGAUCAAUGAGAGUAGACAGGAUCAGAAGAGACAGGUACUGGAUGCGAUGCGGUCAGCUGACAAGCUGGUCACAGGCCAAUCCAUGUUCCUAAUAUCUGCUCAGUGGAUGGCAACGUGGAGGAACUAUGUUGGUUUGGAGGAUGGCCAUCACUCUGCUGGCGCCAUCCCAGCGGCACCAGUCAAUGGACACAGCGCCACCACAGCAUCCAUGGCCACGGACAACUCAUUCUUUGAUAUACCUCCGCCAGAGCCUAUCAACAACAGGUCGUUGAUCGAGCGUGACGAUUCAGAGACACUGCCAAUACUGUCAGUGACAGUUCGCGAACGAGAUGACUACGAGAUCAUACCAGAAGCUGCUUGGCAACAUCUGCAUCGACUGUAUGGUGGCGGUCCAGAGAUCAAGAGGUCGGUUAUAGAGGUUGGCAUUAAGAAUGAGCGAGUGGUAGAGGUACAUCCAGUGAUCAUCAUGUUGCAAUACGUGCAUAGAUACAAUCACAACCUGAUCGCUCCGCCACCUCAGUCCGUCCCCACUCCAGCACAAUCCACCAAUGGUCAUCAUCACAAUGUCAAUGGUCAAUCGAAUGGCCAUGCUACACUAAAUGGAACUGAAAGCAGUCCAUCACAACCACAGCCACAGACACAGGUACAGCCACAAGCACAACAGACACAGCCAAAGAGUCAACAUUAUGACUUUAUCAUUCAGAGGAGUCGAAGGUCCCCACUGAGUACAUUAGAGAGUUUAUGCUGCAAGGGAACGUGCGGAUUCAAGCAAGCUGGUGAUGUACAGACAUACGAUUGGCAAGCAUCGUAA